UCGCGACUUCCAGGCUCUCCAAGUCACGUGACAGGGCGACGCUCUGUGCCUCGUCUCUCUAUGGUCGAGCUGGGAAGGGGAAAAAGGGACUGGAGAAGAGGAGGUUGAUGUUUACUUUUUGGAGGAGGAGGAGAAGGUAUUGAAGUAAACAAGCUAUCAUACUGGGAAACAAAAGCAGACAACUCCUGUGCAUCUGCCCCAGUUGAGGGGUAUCCCACAGAGCUCAUCAUGGCACAACAACGUGGGGUCAAUAGCCUGCGCUUCAACCAAGAUCAGAGUUGUUUCUGCUGUGCUAUGGAGACUGGUGUUCGGAUCUAUAAUGUGGAGCCUCUGAUGGAGAAAGGGCACCUUGACCAUGAACAAGUGGGCAGUGUAGGAUUGGUUGAAAUGCUACAUCGCUCCAACCUACUAGCUAUCAUUGGAGGAGGUGGCAAUCCCAAAUUUUCAGAGAUUUCAGUCUUGAUCUGGGAUGAUGCCCAUGAAGGAAAGGAGGGCAAAGACAAGCUGGUAUUGGAAUUCACCUUCACCAAGCCAGCACUGGCUGUGCGCAUGAGGCAUGACAAGAUAAUCAUUGUUUUGCGGAAUCGAAUCUAUGUCUAUUCCUUCCCUGAUAACCCUACAAAGCUCUUUGAAUUUGAUACCAGGGAAAAUCCCAAAGGACUCUGUGAUCUCUGUCCCAGCUUGGAGAAGCAGCUCCUGGUUUUCCCUGGGCAUAAAUGUGGCAGCUUGCAACUAGUGGAUCUUUCCAGCACAAAGCCUGGGACCUCAUCUGCCCCAUUCACCAUUAAUGCCCAUCAGAGUGAGAUUGCCUGCAUCUCUCUCAACCAGCAGGGCACUGUUGUGGCUUCUGCCUCAAAGAAAGGGACCCUCAUCCGCCUCUUUGACACACAGACCAAGGAGAAGCUGGUGGAACUCAGGAGAGGAACCGACCCAGCAACCUUGUACUGCAUUAACUUCAGCCAUGAUUCUUCCUUCCUCUGUGCCUCCAGUGAUAAAGGAACUGUCCACAUCUUUGCCCUAAAAGACACCCGCUUGAAUCGCCGUUCAGCAUUGGCACGUGUGGGAAAGGUUGGACCCAUGAUAGGCCAGUAUGUAGAUUCUCAGUGGAGUCUGGCCAGUUUCACUGUGCCCGCUGAGUCUGCCUGCAUCUGUGCUUUUGGCAGGAACACUUCCAAGAAUGUCAACUCAGUCAUUGCUAUCUGUGUAGAUGGUACUUUCCACAAAUAUGUCUUCACUCCAGAUGGCAACUGCAACCGUGAAGCUUUCGAUGUCUACCUGGAUUUAUGUGAUGAUGAUGACUUUUGAGUGCGACUGAGUCCCUCCUGGGGAGGCAGAAGCAAGUGGACUUAAGCCCAUUUUCAAAGUAUUGUUUAGCCAUGAUGAAGGCCUAGGCUGAAAAAGGCAAAGGCGCACUGUUUUUUGGAUUCUUGUGAUGGGUUGGAAUGAAGAGCUGCUUUAUUCAUCAUUUCUUGUCACUAGGCAUUCUGUUUUUGUCUGGGUACCCAGUUUCCAUGGAACAGUUGAAAAGUCCCAGGAGAUGGAAUUUGGGGGGAGAGAGCCUCUCAGAACGCCAUUCAGCCAAGAAUCGGCUAUCCUUGCUACCAGCUACAUCUGGAUGUUGCCACCUCUUAACAGACGUUUGAAGAGGAGAGAGGGAAAGGCAUAGAACGAUCAUAUGUUAAUUUUACAGAGAAACACAUAGCUAAGUGAACUGAAGUCAAUAUUUUCAUUUGCUAUUUAGGCACAACACAAACUCAUUAAGAGCUCCUUCCUCAUUGUCAACUCUACAUGUCCUGAAUUGUGACUGUCCCUCAUUGCUAAUUUGAAAGCUUGGUAACACUAUUGACUGUAUAUGAUCAGUAAAGGAACUGGUUGUAAAAGGAUGUUGCAUAUCAUUUAACCUCUGUGUAGGCAACUUGUGUAGGCAACUCCUCCAGGAGUUCUACUAUGAGUGCCAUAGUCCCUCACCUUUGGUCAUAUUGGAUAGUACUGAAGGGAGUGGCAAUUCACCACCAUCUGGAGGGCCACAAGUUGCCCACCUCAGUUUAGCAAAAAGUUUGUUGGGGGAUUCUGAGAAUUGUCCAAUAUAUCUGGAGGGAACAAGAUGAGGGAAAGCUGCUUUGUAUAGUAGGAACUUCUGCAAACAUACAUAUAAGCAUAGCUCCAUGGUUACUAAUUAUAAUCCCUUGUAAAACAAAUUUAACAUGGCAAAUUUUAGGGGAAUAAUUUGGGGAAACUGUAAUUUUCAGUUGAUUUCUUAUGUCACCAUACAAUGUGUGAUAACUAAAUGUUCACAGGAUUACAUUCAUACAGUCUGAUCCUAUGCUGUGUACUCAAACAUCUCACUCUUCAAUGGGGCUUAUUCCAAUGUAAGCCCCAUUGAACAUAGCUCCAUCACAGAGAACUACUAUCUUUCCAGUACUACAUCAGUCUUCUUCCAGCUUGGAACCACCUUUGUUUGGCUUUUCCAAGUUUCAGGUCUAAGUCCCACUUCUGUCACUAGCCAAAAUAAGCCAGACUAUCAGGAAGACAGACAAAGGUGACCCUCCAAAAAUUUAUUCCUGGAAUUUAAAAAGGCUCCCUGAGCACUAAAAGGCAGAUCAAUGGGACUUAAGCCUGUUUUGCCGAAUAGAAAACAGAGAGUCUGAACUGUGAUUCAAGAGCAGGGUUAGUUGAGGAGAAACACAAGCAUGUUUUGAUGCCAGAGAGACUGAAGUGGGAACAAAGGAAGUGUAGGAGGUCGAUUUAGAAAGGAUGUGUGUCUGUGUAUGUGAGAAAGUAAACAUGAUUAAAAAGAGUUUGGUUUUCUGGAUUACAACUCCCAGAAUUCUCAGACAGCAUGGCCACUAGCUUGUCUUGGUUUGAAUAUAACCAUAAAGCAGAGAGCGAGAUCGCUUUCAGGAGCAAUGUGAUUUGAAUUAAUUGUGUAUCCUCUGAUGUGGACAUGACAGAGGUUGUAUACAGCUGGCUACACUUUCCAUUCCUAGUUUUUGCUUCCAAUCCAAGGUGGCAUCCAUGCAUGGGAAUAGGGAAUGCAAUGCCUUGGGAAUACCAUGGCUUGUAUGAUUCUAACUUUAGUGCUCAGUUGUAUAUAUAUUUUCAUUUUUAAAUCUUUUCUAGUUGUUUCAUAGCCACCCUCCCCAUUCUUAAUUAUUAUUAUUACUAUUAAGCUUUAUUUAUAUAGUGCUUCAAAUUUACACAGCGCUGUACAUACAGUCAAUUAAAACAGAUAAAAUAAACCUGCCUGUGGUGUACAGACUAUGAAAACAAUUAAAUUAAGCUAUGUAAGAAAAGUUACAGUAAACAGGAUAGAAGGAGAGCGACUGUUAAUAAAGAGAAUUCAAAUAAGACUAAUACAAAACAAUACCCCCCCCCCAAAAAAAACCCUCCAAGGCAUUUACUAAUGCAGGAACAAAGGAAGUUUUCUAAUGUAAUGUGUUGUAUAUAAUUUUGUUAUAAGAUGGAAUAGACAGCACUGUUUAUUUUGUUUUGGCUUUUAAUGUAUUAAUAAAAAAAUUAAAAAAUUUUAAAAAAUUAACGUCC